AUGUCCUCAUCAGAGCCCACCAUCAUCCCCUCCUCCAACCCCAAUACUAACGGCGCCCCCGUCUCCCACGGCACCUCCACCCCUCUCCUCGGCCCCAGAGGUGGAGGCGCCAGCAGCGGCGCUGGCGGUAGUUUCGGCGUCAAGAGCGGUCUUGCUCAGAUGCUGAAAGGCGGUGUCAUCAUGGACGUUAUGAACGCCGAGCAAGCCAAGAUCGCCGAAGAGGCUGGUGCUUCUGCUGUCAUGGCCCUUGAGCGAAUUCCCGCCAACAUUCGACGAGAUGGCGGUGUUGCUCGUAUGUCUGAUCCCGGUAUGAUCAAGGAGAUCAUGGAGGCCGUCUCGAUCCCUGUUAUGGCCAAGGUCCGUAUCGGCCACACCGUUGAGGCCCAGAUCUUGCAGGCUGUCGGUGUCGACUAUAUCGAUGAAUCCGAGGUUCUCACUCCCGCCGACGACCAGCACCACAUCGGCAAACACGCAUUCAAAGUCCCUUUCGUCUGUGGCUGCAAGAACCUUGGUGAAGCUCUUCGUCGUAUCUCUGAAGGCGCCGCCAUGAUCCGAACCAAGGGUGAGGCUGGUACCGGUGAUGUUGUUGAGGCCGUCAGGCACCAGAGGCAGGUGAUGGGCGAAGUGCGAAAGGCCGCGGCGAUGACGGACGAAGAAUUGUAUGCGUAUGCCAAGGACAUCUCGGCGCCGUACCAUCUGUUGAAGGAGACUGCUAGGCUCAAGAGGCUGCCGGUUGUUUCCUUUGCUGCUGGUGGUGUCGCUACCCCUGCCGACGCCGCUCUCAUGAUGCAGCUUGGCUGCGACGGUGUCUUUGUCGGUUCCGGUAUCUUCUUGUCUGGCGACCCCGCCAAGCGUGCCCGAGCUAUCGUCCAAGCCGUCACCCACUACAACAACCCCACCGUCCUCGCCGAGAUCUCCACCAACAUCGGCGACGCCAUGGUUGGUAUCAGCACGGCGCAAGAGGGCGCCAACAUCCAGGGCGGCCGCUUGGCUGGCCGUGGCAACUAG